GAACCUGACUUCUCACCAAAUAUCAAGCAGACACAGAGGAUGCAGCAAAUGGAGGUAUCUGAUUAUGGUAAUGAGUCACCGAGACCAAAGCAGAAAGGCAGUGGGGAUGCAAAUCAAACAGAGAGAAGACUCUGCCAGGUGCUUCUCCUCAGCUUUGGGCUGCUGUGCGUCAUACAAGCCAUUCUCAAUGUUUCUCUACGCCUGACAUUUUCAGAUGUUGAGGCUGGUUUCAAAAACCUGACUGAGGAGAGAGAUGACCUGAAGAGGAAGAUGAAUAACUCAGCUCAAAAAGGAUGGGAGUAUUUCAGCGGUAGUUUCUACUACAUUUCUUGUAUCGCGAAAACCUGGCAAGAGAGUAGAGAUGACUGUCUUCAAAAGGGUGCAGACCUGCUGAUUAUCAACAGCAAAGAAGAACAGGAUUUCACGACAAAAUUAAAGAUGAGACUGUGGAUUGGCCUGACUGACUCAGAGACAGAGGGGACGUGGAAAUGGGUGGAUGGGACUCCACUGACCAAAAGCUACUGGCAUUCCGAGGAGCCUAACGGUGGGGAAAGGGAGAACUGUGUGGAAAUACAUUUUUUGGAUUCAGAAAACAGCUGGAAUGAUGUAAAAUGUUCCACUCCAAACAACUGGAUCUGUGAAAGGAAAGACCGUCCGUAACUCUGCAACCAAACCCACCAGACAGAAAACUAAGGACGAUAAAUAUAUUGCUGAUACAAUUUAAAUCUUCACAAAAUCAACCUGAAUAUACUCAUGUGGACACAUCAUUUCCAAGUGAAAAUCAUGUCCAGCUCAGUGUGGGAUAAUCUGAAGCCUGGUUAUUUGCGCUGCAGUAAAGUGACCUGUUAACACAUAGAAACAAAUGUCCAACGAGGUUCACUGCUUUGGCUGAAAAAAAGAAGAAAAAAACUACAAUAUGU